UCCAAGGAGCUAAACCUGAGAUCCUGCACUGCCUGUUCUCAGGGUACCAACUGGAAUGACUAUGUCAUGAGAUUCUCCCAAGGCUUAUCCAGCCAGACCAGUCUCUGUAUUUCCUUGAUGUCUCGGGAUCACAGGAAGCCGACUGCCACAGGAUGGGGCUCCUGGGACUGGUGAUUCUCGGGGAGUUGCCCUUGUGCUAUGGGGGAAGUGACCAGUCCAUGAUCUUACAGCUAUUGUCUGUCAUCUCGGGAUAAAUGCUCUUCACGUGAGGACUGUGGAGCACCUGAUCUCGUGAGGAAAAGGAGGGGUAAGAGACAGGAGCAACUCCUCAAGGAAAUGUGUCAUGUGCAUCUCUACAUUCUCACUGUAAAAUGCAAGGGGCAUAGCCCAUGGUAAAGCAUCUGAGCCCAGUGAGUAAAAGGAGAAGAAAUGGUAGGUCCCCAACACACCUGGAGAGCAGUCAUCAAGAUUUCCUGGUUCCCUCUUGUCGGGGAUCUUGGCAGGGAUGCAGGAAGAUGCUGGAGACCAGGGAUGGGAGUGUCUGGCGCUGUCCCCUCCCAGGUUGGGAAAGCAGCAGCAUGCUUGGGCUGUGCAUCACAAACCCUGCCCAGGAUAAAAGGGCUCCUGCCCUGGGCUCCUCAUCCACAGCCUCCUCAGGAACAGCCUCCUCCUCUUCUCCUGCCUCCCUGUAUUGACUCACGGACCUCCUGCCGAGAUGUCCUGCCAGCAGAACCAGCAGCAGUGCCAGCCCCCGCCCAAGUGCCCCUCACCCAAGUGUCCCCCGAAGAGCCCAGCGCAGUGUCUGCCCCCAGCCUCCGGCUGCGCUCCCAGCCCCGGGGGCUGCUCUGGCCCCAGCUCCGAGGGCGGCUGCUGCCUGAGCCACCACAGGCGCCGCAGGUCCCACCGCUGCCGGCGCCAGAGCUCCGACUCCUGCGAAGGGGGCAGCGGUCAGCAGGGCGGGGGCUGCUGCUGACCUGCAUGCUGACGCUGAGACAAGCGACUUUUGAGGAAACGAAGUCCAAGGACCAUCCCCAGUCUGCCUUGCUCCCUCCUCGUACUUGAAUCUCUCUUUCCCUUUGGCCACUGCUGAGGAGUGCUCUGAUCUCCCCCGGUGGCUCUUCCUGCCCAUUCUCCAGGGACCCACAGAGUCUGCCAGGGCGUGUAAUAUCUGCCUAGCCAAUUGUCACCACUUGUGUCUGACCCUGUGAAAAAAUAAAGCUUUUGUUCUCUCAGCA